AUGCCACAUGCUCCCCCAGCGCCGCCGCCAGUUAUGCGGCCAGGCUUUCCAGGUAUGCCUGGGCUGGUCAAUGACUUCGGGCAUGUCCACCUUGACCCUGGUCAUCAUCUCGAACACAACAUGCACCAACCUGCCAUUCAAGUCAUUCAACCGCCUGGGUAUGGCCACAUGCCCGAUCCUCGCUCGUUCCCUAGCAAUGGCAAACCCCCCGUCGGCUACGCCGGUUAUAUUUUCACCAAGAACCCUGUUGAGCACGUCGGACAGAAGGAGACAUGGGCAAUUGUUCACAAAGAGCCAAUGCCGGCCUCCCAAGCCGACCUAAAAAAUCAAAUCGAAAAGCACCGCAAAAGGGGUGUUACAGGAUUAGAUCAAUACAUGCAUUCCGACAUGAAAGGUUUCAAGCGGAAGCAAAUUGACGAACUUAUUCGAGAAUGUGUCGCAAUGGAACCAGACCCGAGGUUCGAAUACAUCAUUGCCUCCAUUAGGCGCGACACAAGGCGACGACAAAGCGGCCUCGAGACAUCAAACAUGCAAGUCAUCUUGAAACGCCAACCCCGCACCGGUAUUGACAUGCAAGGCCCUGUCAUGGGCUUUGGCAGCGUUCGCCUGCCGUUAAGUGGGAUCGUUGAUCUUUCGGGCGCAGAUGAUUAUGAGAAGUCAAGUCAGAACAGUUCCAAUGGUCACAAACCUGGAGCCUACCCGUUUGAGCGCCACGCUCACCAUGCUCACUCGUACGAGAACGCACCGUCCCACGAUUUCGGCAACACCCAUGCCCAUAGCCAUGACCACCCCGGCAAUCAACAUGCCCACGGUUUAGAACAACCCCUCCACCCUCAUCAGGAUCAUCCUCCAUUCCAUGAGGAGGCUCACAAUACUAAGCAUGGCCAAAAAGAAAAGGCCAAAAAGCGCAAGGACAAAGAGACUAAAUCUCCUAAGAUAGUCGUCAUCUCAAAACACGAGAGUCACAAGUUGCACGAUCACCGUUCGGAUUCUUCCUCAUCGUCCGACAGUGAAGCGUCCUCUGGUGACACCGACCGAACACCUGACACAAUCAUCUCCAGCGAAGGCUCUCACUACCAUCACAAGGACAAGAAACACCAUAAAGGCAAGCAUCACCGCAAAUCAAGCUCCCACGACCAUGAGCAUGAGCCCGUUAAAAUGAUUUAUCGUGAACACAAACGGAAAGAGCCCACGCGCAGGCUGGCAUCCCCUCCUCCGUCUCACAGAUCCCGCUAUCGACAUGAAGAUGUUUAUGUUGAGCCCGCGUUCACCUCUCACCGUAGGCCGGAGCCAAUGUACCCCAGAGAACGUCCUCCUUAUCAUCAUCGGGCCAUGAGCUAUGACGAUGAACGUCUUCAUGAUCAUGACAUGAGAGGACCCGGUCGGCGGCCUACUAUUUAUCGCAGGAGGAUUACUAGCACUGCGCAACCAGUCGACCCCUACGAGGAGAGGGCAGAGCGACGAAGGCAUGACAUGCUGGACAGAGAAAUCUGGGAAAAGGAAGAGGCUAUCAGGAUGAGGGAACGAGCUCGCAGAGACGCGGCUAGGGAAAGGAUGGAUUCAGAGAGGACGUAUCAUGCGCCUCCUCGGCCUCGAAUGGACAGGAUGCAUGGCUAUCACGACGAUCACUUGCACGGUUAUCACGAUGAUCGCUACUGA